AUGGCAGGCCGCGAGGAUGAGGACCCGUCCGCUAUUGAUUCGGAAUUCAUAGAAAGAUCCCACCUCACCUACGCGGUCCCCCUCUCAUCAUCGCCAGACCUCGCAGAAGUGUUGAAGCAGAGCAGCAGCAAAGGCUCCACGUCGUCACUUUUCAAGUCACUUGAACAAAGGGAAUUUCUAUUCUUUGAUGAAUCCAUACAUGUCUAUCUCAUACUACGAACCCCUCGACGCGACGAGGAAUACUUGCGGCCACUGCUGGCCCGCAUCUCCCUGUCGCUCGAGGCCCAUGUCAUGAACAGCAAUGCUCUGGGUCGGGACCACAGCCCACCGGCUAGCGAAGUAAUCUUUAGUGAUGACGCUGUUGAACGAAGCGUCGAGGCGGACAAAGUCGACAAUGCCAACACCGAAUCCGAGCGAGGCGAUAACUUGCCCUUGAUCCUACACGAAGAUGGCGAGGAGGAAGACAGGGAACGGUAUAGCUUCGCGAUAUGGAAGGUCCCGGUGCUCAUAUCAAGGCCACGCAUCAGACUGCAAAGCCCUACUGUUGUGUUUGCGGCCGCGGCGCACCUGCGUGCUCCCGUGACACCAGACGAGAACGGCGCAGAUGUCAACGACAGUGACCCUGGCAUAGUCAGGAAUGGCUACCUCCAGAGCCGCGCGCCGGUGGGACUCAACCUGCUCGAGCCCUUUGCCCACGACCCGGCUUUGCGCGGAUUUAAACCAAGACUAUCUGCUCAGCGCGUGUCGCUUGUGGUCCCCGUCACGCAUAGCAAGGACUUCCGGCAACCAAUUAGGGGUCUCCAGAACUUGAGCUUUAGAGUGGUGGCGGCAGUGCAUACGCGGGUAAAGUUUGCGCGGCCGAACACUCAGCCGGCCAGCUCGACCGUGAUCGCCAUGCUCGAGUUGGACUUUACGCCAUAUUUCGAUUGCGAGACCUUGCUCACCAACAUCUCGCUGAGCCUGCCCUCAGGAGUUGUCACCGACAUGAACAGCGAUGCCGGCCUGAAGCUACCCUUGAGCUGCGUCGCCCACGACCAUGUGACUUUCCUGUAUCGUCUGGCGCCCACCGAGCAUGAGCAGCUCCUCGAAGGCGCCCCGAUGGCCGUGACUUUGUCUGGCACCCCACGGGCGUCCAUGGCCCCCGCCACCCGGGAUCUAGAGAUAUCUAUCGAGGCCAAGGCCCUGGUCCGCCCCGGCGAGUGCACUCCUCGCCUGAAAAUGGCCUGGAGCACCCCUGUGGACUUCACUCCGCCCGUGAACCCCGGCUUUGGCGCGUCCUCCAUGGCACCGCCCCUGCAGCGAGCCCACCGUCCCUCCCAGCUCUCAAUCGACGGCGCCGCCUCCAUGGUCAACCCGGCCGUGGCUCGCCCAGACUCCCUCCCCGGCCUCGAGGCCGCCACGCAACGCAACGUGGAGACGACCAUACCCGAUUUUGGCAUCACCAUCACCUUUUCAGGCCCCGAGAAGCCCGCCCGCGUGGGCGAGGAGUUUUGCUGGUCCGUCUUCGUCGUCAACCGCUCCGGCACGGCUGCCCUCCCCAUCUCUAACGCCCCGCCUGUCUCGCGCAAGCUCGCUCUGCGCGUCAUACCUAAGCGCCGCCGCACCAACGAGGCGCGCGUCGUCCGGCCCCCUAGCAGGCGUCAACAACUCGCCACGGCGGCGGCGGCGGCGGCGGCGUCAGCCAAGGGGAAGAAGGAUCCGGCCGCCAGGGAGCAGGAGCUGAUCGCCGACGCAGUCGUCGACGAGAAUGUCGUCCACGCCAUGCACCGCAGCUCCCUGGUCGAGGGCUAUGACGUCCUCUGCCUCAGCGCCGACGCCCGGGUCGGUCCGCUGGCGCCGGGGGCUUGUCACGUCGUGGACUUGCGCUUUGUGGCGUUGCGAGCGGGGACUCUGACCAUCGAGGCUGUGAGAGUCGUGGAUAUGGUUUCGCAGGAGCAUGUCGACGUCAGGGAGCUUCCCACCAUUCAUGUCGAACCAGAGCAGGCAGAGUCUUGA